UUAUAACAUGCUCCAUGAAGAUCCGGGAAAUAUUAGUUACUCUGCUGUAGGUGGUUUAUCAGAUCAAAUUCGUGAACUUAGGGAAUCCAUUGAGCUACCUCUUAUGAAUCCUGAGCUGUUCCUCAGAGUUGGAAUCAAACCUCCCAAGGGUGUUCUGCUCUACGGCCCUCCUGGUACCGGCAAGACUUUGUUAGCUAGAGCCAUUGCUAGUAAUAUUGAUGCCAACUUUUUGAAGAUUGUAUCAAGUGCCAUUAUUGAUAAGUAUAUUGGUGAAAGUGCAAGACUGAUAAGGGAGAUGUUCAAUUAUGCACGCGAUCAUCAGCCCUGCAUAAUCUUUAUGGAUGAGAUUGAUGCAAUCGGCGGACGACGUUUUAGUGAGGGAACAAGUGCUGACCGGGAAAUUCAAAGAACACUGAUGGAGUUACUCAAUCAGCUUGAUGGGUUUGAUCAGCUUGGCAAGGUAAAAAUGAUUAUGGCAACAAACCGGCCUGAUGUUCUUGAUCCUGCACUUCUUCGUCCGGGUCGUCUAGACAGGAAGAUAGAAAUACCAUUGCCAAAUGAGCAGUCAAGGAUGGAUAUUCUCAAAAUUCAUGCUGCUGGAAUUGCUAAACAUGGUGAGAUUGAUUAUGAAGCUGUUGUUAAGCUUGCAGAGGGCUUCAAUGGAGCUGACCUCCGUAAUGUAUGUACUGAGGCUGGCAUGUCAGCUAUCCGUGCAGAAAGAGAUUAUGUUAUACAUGAAGAUUUUAUGAAGGCUGUUCGUAAACUGAAUGAAGCAAAGAAACUUGAAUCAAGUGCACACUACAGUGCUGAUUUUGGAAAAGACUAGGAUGGAUGUCAUUUAGUCUCAGAAGCCAUGGAUAUUUGGGCAGUGCAACAUCCCUUUGCUAUACUUGCUCGAUAUUUUCGUCUGAUGCUUCUAUGUGUGCGGAAUGUGCUAUUCAAUGCCAUGUAGGACGGAAUGACCCAGGCGCCAAAGUUCUCCAGUCAAGUCUGUGCUGCAUCAGUUUAACUUUUCUUCCCCCUCCUCCCUUCCCUUUUGCUGAACUGUCAAUAGUAAUGAAGUUAACAGAAUGUUAUGGAAGUUCUUCAAUCUCUACUGUAUAAUAUGCAUUUUUGUUUGCUUUUGAUGUGGGUGAUUGUUCCCUGCAUGCAUAUGGCUCGAGUCCAUGGCCGAACAAGCCAGGAAUCUUGAAUGUUCAUCCAAAUCAAGUUGAAUGGAGAGAUGAAGACAGUGAAAGUACUUCAAGCGUAUUAACGUUGGAAAAAGUACUUCAAGCGUAUUAAAGCUGGGAAGGAGGUUACUCAUCAAUGCUAAAUACUAUUGGCACAGAAAUUUUUAGUUGCUGGACAAUGAGAAUUGAGGUAUCUGUCAAGGGACAAUUGUAGAUUUAGGACUCCCAAAUGCUUACUACCUCUGCCCUGUAUUAUUCUAAGGUUUUUUUACACCCCAUAAAAAAGUAAAUUUUAUAAUCUUAA